UCCUGUUUCUCUCUGUAAUGAGAAGUGCCUCCCUGGCUACAGGAAGAAGAAGAAAGAAGGGGGACGUUUCUGCUGUUAUGACUGUAUUCCAUGUCCAAAAAGUUGGAUAUCUGGCAAACCUGGUAUUAUCAGCCUGGAGAUUUCAUCUAUGGAGGCAUCUUGUAUCAGUCUACUUUCUUAUACAAGCCACCAAGCUUCAGAGGAAAAUCAUCUGCAUCUAUACAAGAUAAUACUGUAGUAACUGAAAACUACCAACAUGCCCUCGCUCUGGCAUUUGCUGUUAAUGAGAUCAAUGAGAAUCCACAACUGUUACCCAAUAUUACUCUGGGAUUCAACAUUUAUGGUAGCCUUCUGGUUACAAUGUGGAUUUAUCAUGCUACACUACAAUUUAUUUCUCCAAAGAACAGUUUCACCCCCAACUACAAGUGUGGCAACCGGGACCAUCUAUUGGCAGUCAUUGAGGAACUGACCUCCAGGCUCCUUGAUGAGAUACCAUAUAUUCUGGGCAUGUACAAGAUUCCACAGCUCGUAUAUUGUUAUGGUACAGUCAACACAGAGAUCACCAGCACCUUCAGCUUAUAUGAUAUGGUCCCAAAAGGAAUCCAGCAAUACCGGGGAAUCUUCUUGUUAGUUCAGCAUUUUAAUUGGAGGUGGAUUGGAUUCCUUGCUGCAGAUACAAGGACCUUGAAUUGGUUCAGUCAAAAUAUGCUUCCAGAAUUUUCUAGGAGUGGCAUCUGCUUUGCUGUCAUAGAGUCCUUAACCAAUUUGGAUUAUGAGGCUGGGAAUAUGAAUGGCAUAGUAAAAAUGUAUAAUACAGUCCUAAAUAGCAACGCCAAUGUGUUGAUCUUCUCUGGAGACUCACAUAGAAUGACAAUACUGAGGUGGACAAUCACAACGGCAAUGAAAGUUGCAACAGAAAGACCGAAAGGCAAACUUUGGAUUCUGACAAUUGGAAUGGAGUUAAAACAUAUCAGUGGACAAACAACUUGGGGCGUUCAAGACUUCCAUGGUUCUAUAUCCUUUUCACUUCGUGCCGAGGAACUUCUAGGAUUUCAGCAAUUUCUUUGGAGAAGAAACCCUUCCAAUGCUCCUGGUGAUGGUUUCAUCAAAGACCUCUGGACUCAUGCAUUUGGCUGUACCUUCCAGGAUUCUGUUGAGGGAGAUGAGAGUCAAGAUGUGUGCACUGGAGAGGAAAAGUUGGAGAGCCUCCUCAACCACAUCUUCCCAAAGAGUACAACAUGGGAGAGCUACAGUAUCUACAACGCUGUCUAUGCCGUGGCUCAUGCUUUGCAUGACAUGUAUUCAUCCACUCUGCUGAGGAGAAAUAGACGGAUACUUGAGAAUUUUACACUUUGGCAGCUCCACCAGGUUUUGAAGUCUGUGAGAUAUAACAACAGUGUCAGGGAAAAGAUUUUCUUUGAUUACAGUGAGGAGCUUCUUCCACGAUUUGACAUCAUCAAUUGGGUUACCUUUCCAAAUCAUUCUUUCUAUGGAAUGAAGGUUGGAUGGAUGGACCCCAUGGAUCCUACAACUCAAGCACUCACCAUUAAUAAGGAUGUCAUGGUCUGGCACAAGUGGUUUAACCAGACUCAGCCUGUUUCCCUCUGUAAUGCCAAGUGCCUCCCUGGCUACAGGAAGAAAAAGAAGGAAGGGGAGCCUUCUUGCUGCUAUGAUUGCAUUUUGUGUCCACAAGGAGGGAUAUCUGACAAACCUGAUAUGGCUGACUGUUUCAAAUGCCAUGAAGACCAUUAUCCAAACAAGGAUCAGAAUGUAUGCAUUCCCAAGACAGCAACUUUUUUAUCGUACGAAGAACCUUUGGGUAUCAUUUUAGCCACUUGUGCUCUUUUAUUUUCGCUUAUCUCUGCUGUCAUACUAGGCAUAUUUAUGAAGCAUCAAGAAACCCCUAUUGUCAAAGCGAACAACUGGAGGCUCACCUACACUCUUCUUAUUUCUCUCCUUCUCUGCUUCCUUUGUGCGUUGCUCUUCAUUGGCCGCCCUGAGAAGGCGACCUGUCUCCUUCGACAAAUUGCUUUUGGCAUCAUCUUCACAAUGGCUGUUUCUACUGUACUGGCCAAAACCCUCACUGUAGUUCUAGCUUUUAUGGCCACACAACCAGGAUCCAAGAUCAGGAAGUGGAUGGGAACAAAAUUGACGAGCUCCAUUGUUCUUUCUUGCUGCAUAAUUCAAGCAAGCAUUUGCCUUGUGUGGCUGGAGACCUCUCCUCCUUUUCCUGAUACUGACAUGCAUUCACUGCCAGAACAAAUUAUACUACAAUGCAAUGAGUCAUCACCUCUAAUGUUCUUCUCUGUCCUCAGCUACAUGGGAUUUCUAGGUAUGGCAUGUUUCAUUCUGGCUUUCCUUGCCCCGAAAUUGCCUGACAGUUUUAAUGAAACUAAGUUCAUCACUUUCAGUAUGCUGGUGUUUUGUAGUGUGUGGUUGACAUUUCUUCCAACGUAUAUGAGCACCAAAGGCAAAUAUACAGCAGCUGUGGAAGUCUUUUCUAUCUUAGCUUCUGGUGCUGGGUUGCUGGCUUUCAUCUUUGUCCCCAAAUGCUACAUUAUUCUUUGGAAACCUGAAUUGAAUAAGAAGGAGCAUUUUAGUAGGAGAAAAUACUGAACCGGGCCUCUGACUGUAGCUGAUUUCUAUAAUGAUCUCUAUAAAGCUUCUGACCUUUUCUCAUUUUACCAAGUGACCUUCUAGU